GUCCUUGUCUCGGCAUAGAGCGGGCUAAGGCAGCAGGCGGGAGGAGCGUUUCCUCCGGCCGCGCUUCGGUGGGAGCCCCGGAGGGGAGGAGCAGCCUGGCCAGGAGGAGCUCGCCCCGCUGCGGCCGCACGAGGAUCCGGAACAAGCUCAGCUUCCUUCUUCCCAAGCCCUCCGUGCCUGCCGCCGCCGCUGCCUCCUCCUGGCCUGCCGGCUGGUUGCCUGCCUCCUGAAGCCACCCCGCCCCGCGAGGCGUCCUCUUCUUCUUCUUCUUCUUCUUCUUGCAGGUCGUCAGAAAGCGGCCUGACUGCUGCGGUUUGCCUGGCUUUUUUCUUUCUUUGGCUCUCCCGAUUGCUCGCUUCUUCCGACCAACCUGCCCUUUCCCACCCACCCACCCGGCCGCCGCUGCCGCCCCCCUUCUCCUGGCCCGGCUCUUUCUGCUGCUGCUGCUGGUGGUAGUAGUAGUGCUGGGGGACUCCCUCCUGCUCCCAGCCGGCCCUUCCGACCUGCCCCGCUCAGCUGUCCUUGGAGGUGAGGUGAAGUGUAACAGUAAGGGAUCCGGGAGGUCAUCUAGCCCAACCCCCGACCUUAUACGAGGGGAUUCGAACCUGCCGAACCCGCCGAUCUUUCUGCUCGACAAGCUCAGGGGUCUUUAGCCUCUGAGCCACCUUAAGUCAGGCCCAAGUUGAAGACCGCUCGCGGAUUUAAGGCACACCGGGUGGAUGAUCGGCUUGCGGUUCGCCGGCUGAGCGCCGCCACCCUUGGAUCUGAACGCUCUCGUCCUCCUCGCCCCGCAGAGACGGUCCCCCCCGAGGCAGGGAAAGGCGCAACCGGCCGCCCUCACCCCCCAGUCCUCAACUGGCCCUUUCCUAAUUAUGAGCGCUGCUUCCUCCGAUCGAGCGCCGCUUCGGGUGGAUUUCUCCGGGCUCCGGUCGGUCGGGGGCCUUCGCUGAUUCCGCAGACCCCCCCCACCCCCCUCCAUCCACCCCCGGCCUCCAAUGAAGCCUUGAUCGCCAGGCGGGGUCGUCGGAAAUCCACCCCCCACCCCACCUCCCCUUCUCUCUCGUCUUGCCUCCUGCUUUUCCCGGGCGGGAAACGUUGAAGAGCAACAUGCCGGCGCAAUGCCCGGAGAGGCCCCGCUGUUCCUUCCGCGCUUUGCCUUUCCUCUUUGGCGCAGCUGCCCUGCUGGGGCUGCUGCCGGUGCUUCGGAGCUCCGGUUCGGAUACUCCCAUGGGGAUCACGCCGCAGCCCAGCUUGGUGACCGAAGGCAUCACCGCCUCUCCGCCGGUUCCCGCCGAGAGCCCCCCCGACACCGGACACCCCAAGAACGUUUCCACCAACGGGCACGGCAAGCAUCGGAAACUUUUCCCGGUCCUGGCUCUUCAGUACGAAAAGGUGCACGUGCCCUUUGAGAUUACGCUCUGGAUCUUGCUGGCCUGCUUGAUGAAACUAGGAUUCCACGUGAUUCCAACCCUUUCCAGCAUAGUUCCUGAGAGCUGCUUACUCAUUGUCGUAGGACUGCUGGUUGGUGCACUCAUUAAAGCCGUGGGAGAAACCCCUCCAGUCCUAAAUUCCGAAGUCUUCUUCCUCUUCCUCCUCCCACCCAUCAUCCUGGACGCUGGUUACUUCUUGCCCUUGCGCCAAUUCACUGAGAACGUGGGCACCAUCUUGAUUUUCGCGGUGAUUGGGACAUUAUGGAAUGCUUUCUUCGUAGGGUCUCUGAUGUACGCCGUGUGCCGGAUAGGUGGUCCUCUUUUAUCAGACAUUGGCCUCUUGGACAACCUGCUCUUUGGCAGCAUCAUCUCCGCGGUGGACCCUGUGGCUGUGCUGGCUGUAUUUGAGGAGAUUCACAUCAAUGAACUUUUGCACAUCUUGGUGUUUGGCGAGUCGUUGCUGAAUGACGCCGUUACUGUGGUUCUCUACCACCUUUUCGAAGAGUUUGCCACCUUUGAGAAAGUCACCCUCACGGACAUCGUCCUGGGCUUCCUGAGCUUCUUUGUGGUAGCCCUGGGGGGCAUCUUUGUCGGGGUUGUCUACGGCAUCAUCGGAGCCUUCACCUCCCGCUUCACCUCCCACAUCCGGGUCAUCGAACCUCUUUUCGUCUUUCUGUACAGUUACAUGGCAUAUCUGUCUGCAGAAGUCUUCCACCUGUCAGGCAUCAUGGCGCUGAUUGCUGCAGGGGUGGUGAUGCGUCCUUAUGUGGAGGCCAAUAUCUCCCACAAGUCCCACACAACCAUCAAAUAUUUCCUGAAGAUGUGGAGCAGCGUCAGUGAGACCCUUAUCUUCAUCUUCCUUGGUGUCUCCACCGUGGCUGGGAAGCACCACUGGAACUGGGCCUUCGUCAUUUGCACCCUGAUUUUCUGCUUGAUUGCCAGGGUUUUAGGUGUGUUGGGGUUGACAUGGUUCAUCAACAAAUUUCGCAUUGUGAAGUUGAGCCCGAAGGAUCAGUUCAUCAUUGCCUAUGGUGGCUUGCGAGGGGCCAUCGCCUUCUCUCUUGGCUACCUCCUGGAACAUCAGCAUUUCCCAAUGCGAGACAUGUUUCUCACAGCGAUCAUCACAGUGAUAUUCUUCACAGUCUUUGUGCAGGGUAUGACCAUCCGCCCUCUGGUGGAUCUUCUGGCGGUGAAAAAAAAGCAGGAGACCAAGAGGUCCAUUAACGAGGAAAUUCACACUCAGUUUCUGGAUCAUCUCUUGACGGGGAUUGAGGAUAUAUGCGGCCACUAUGGGCAUCAUCACUGGAAGGACAAGCUAAACCGUUUCAACAAGAAAUAUGUGAAGAAGUGCCUGAUUGCUGGGGAAAGAUCCAAAGAGCCCCAGUUGAUUGCCUUCUAUCAUAAGAUGGAGAUGAAGCAAGCAAUUGAGUUGGUGGAAAGUGGAGGGAUGGGCAAGAUCCCCUCGGCCGUCUCCACCGUUUCGAUGCAGAAUAUCAAUCCAAAAACAUUGCCGAUAGAACGCAUUUUGCCAGCUCUGUCCAAGGACAAAGAGGAAGAGAUUCGAAAGAUCCUGCGCAACAACUUGCAAAAAACCAGGCAGAGGUUGCGGUCAUAUAAUCGACACACCUUGGUAGCAGAUCCUUAUGAAGAAGCCUGGAACCAGAUGUUGCUGAGAAGACAGAAGGCUCGGCAGCUGGAACAGAAGAUGAACAACUACCUGACGGUGCCAACACAUAAAAUAGAUUCACCAACCAUGUCAAGGGCACGCAUUGGUUCAGACCCUCUUGCUUAUGACCCGAAGCCGGAUUCUGAGAAUGUCCCCAUCAUAACCAUUGACCCAGCGUCCCCCCAGUCGCCGGAGUCGGUUGACUUGGUGAACGAGACCCUGAAAGGGAUAAAUCACCUUCCGCCCUCCCCAGAGGAAGAUGAAGAUGAGGAGGGGCUGAUCAUGAAGGUCAAAGAGCCAUCUUCUCCAGGCACAGAUGACGUCUUCACUCCUGGGACAGGCGACAGUCCGAGCAACCAACGGAUGAUGAGAUGCCUGAGUGAUCCAGGGCCUCGGCCAGAUCCUGAAGAGGGGGAGCCCUUUAUCCCCAAAGGGCAGUGAGCCCCGAUAUGCACUACUUAGACCUAACCUGUAGGGGAGGCUUUUGCACUCCUGUGCAAAUUACACACGCCCAGUUAUGCCAAUCUCUAUUUCUUUGUGUCUUUCUCUUCUCUGUUUCUUUCUCUUCAGUGCGGGAGCUUUGCUUAGAAGGCAGCAGAGAGCAUCUAAAUGGAACAUAUUUUGUGACCGGAGGCAAUAGAACUAGAAUCAACCCAGAUUCCAUAUCCAAAGUUGGGAACGCCAAUCAUUCUAUCCGGAGAUUAUCUCCUCCUGGAUAGUAGCAUGCUCUGACUCAUCGUUGCCUUUUCUCCACUGGCAACUGCACAUUCUCAUUUCCUUCAGAGAAACACCUGUACUAUAAUUCCCUCCUCCCAGUUUUGAAACACAUCAGAAGAACUGAGGACCUUUGGGUGUGCUCAGAUAUAUCAGAUGGUGCUGCAGGGAUGUCCUGCGUAGGUAUUGGAUGAUCAUAGGCACAGGUUUCUAAGAUUUUCUUUAUUUUUAUUUUUUUUAAAUCUGAGCCACUGGUUGACCCCGAAAAUAAGACCCUGUCUUAUAUUUUUUUGAACCCUGAAAUAAGUGCUUGGCCUUAUUGCCAUGUACUCAAAAUCAUGAUUGGGCUUAUUAUCAGGGGAUGUCUUAUUUUGGGGGAAACAGGGUAGUUUCCAUCCUCAACUGUAAGGCCAUGUUUCCUCUUUAUCUUUUCUUCUAAGCAGUAAGAGUUUAUGAGUUUAUUUUUGGUGGGCUUCUAUUUAAAUCCCAUAAGCCAUAGAUCAGGGGUCUCCAAACUUGGCAACUUUAAGCCUUGUGGACUUCAAUUCCCAGAAUUCCUCAGCCAGCAAAGCUGGGAAUUGAAGUCCACAAGUCUUAAAGUUGCCAAGUUUGGAGACCCCUGCCAUAGAUAAUUGUUCAAAAUUGUUGGCGUUCCAAAUCUAGGAUCACGGGUUUUGCCUUAUUUUAUGCUUGUAAUGGUAUUUCCCCCCACCCCCAAUCUUUUAUUUGAUACAAAUGAGCAGGUUAACCGUAACCAAAGAUUGCUCUUGUACCAAUUUUGAAUCUACGGCUAAGGAGGCAUGGGCACGGGAUGCCCAGCUCUCUGCUUAGCUGAUUGGGUAACUGGCCAUCCAAACGAGAAGCUGACAAAGGUUCUGCAAAUGGAUUGGGCCACUCUUCUCACAGGGAAUUGUAUAGCAUUGCAGUCCAGCACAUCUGGAGGGCGCCAGGAUGAAGAUCCCUCCUAUAUGUGUCUUUCUCUUGGCUGGCUCACUCCUCAUUGUCCUUGCCUGAAGCUGGGAGAUUUCAGUAAAAACAUGUGUUCACACAGCCCACGUACAACUCCAAAGGCAUGUUUUGACCAAAGAUGAAUAUGUGGUUGUACAUAUAAGAUUGCUUUAUUUUAUUUUAUUUUAUUUUAUUUAGUUUUUAACAAUAGGGUAAUCAUUUCUUGAAGAGAUUCUAAAUUCCGUGAAAGACACUAGGAUGCCAGUGAAGAACUAUUCUACUACCAUAUAUCUGGGGACAGUGAUAGUAUGCUUAUGACACAGGUUCCCUCUCUUUCUUUUUUUUGCCUGAAAAGCUUCAAUUUUUCCCUGCUUGUAAGUUGAGAGUGUGAAACAACAUUAGGUGACUGGUUUCGGCCUUGCCGUCUAGCAAUAUCAGGCAUAGAGAAGACGAGAUGCUACCUAGCCUUCUCUCCUUUUAUCAAUAUCAAUCUCAGUCAGAAUAAUUCUGUCUUUUCUUCCCCAUCCUUUUCUUUUCUGGUCCUCGGUGCUACUUGGGUUUAUUCUGCUCUCCAUCCAAUCUUCAUUCUCCAAAAUUCAUUCAUUUUAAUUCCAUAAUGGGCAUCUUCUUUCUAGAAGGUGGCCUUCUAAUCAAUAAAAGAUAAUCUGUCAUAAAUCGAGAUCUAAUCAGAAUAGAGCUGGAGGGGACCUUGGAGGUCUUCUAGUCCAACCCGUUUGCUCAAGCAGGAGACUCUACACCAUUUUAGACAAAUGGCUGUCCAGACUCUUUCCUUAUAAUUUCUGUCUCCAUCUGGGUUUCUGAGACUUCAACCUCAGUCUUCUCUCUCCGUUCCUCCCAAAUCACAUUUGAAUUGUGCCAUGGUUAUUCCAGAGUCAGGGAUAAAUACAUUGUAUGUAAUAGCAAGGCUCACAUUCCUGGAAAUGGCAGGAAUCGGGUUUUUAUAUCAGGGUCUGGGCUGCUACAAACGGAUGGAGCGGCCUGCAGAGCAAGCAGCUUCUUUUGAAUCCUUUGCAAUGAGGAGGAGGAUGGAGGAGACGAAUGCUGGUUCCUGCUUCGUUCCUGUUUUGUUUUAGUCUAAAACAGGGGUCCCCAAACUUGAGGAACAGGGGUCCUCAAAUUGUACGUUUUAGACCAGAGGUCUUCAAACUUGGCAGCUUUAAGACAUGUGGACUCCAAUUCCCAGAAUUCUCCAGCCAGCUGGCUGGAGAAUUCUGGGAGUUGAAGUCCACAAGUCUUAAAGCUGCCAAGUUUGAAGACCUCUGGUCUAAAACGUACAGUUUGAAUGAGGCUGUAAUCAGUCCGGACCCUACCACUUUUUCAGAUCGCAGGGGGGAGGGGACACGAUAGAACGCUUCCCUGCAUAGAGAAUAAAAGUUCUGCAUGUAGAAAACCCCUAGGUUGGGGAAGGAGGUUCUUCUGGCCUUGCUUUCUUCCAAUGACAUGCAAGGCGUUUUAAUUGUAUGGAAAAGCAUUGAAUAAUGCCCCUUUCCAGAAUCAACCAACUUGAUUAUGGUCCACAAUGACCUUGACUAUAACCUGCCACUUCUUUGUGGUGGCCCUUAGCCAAAGAUAACCUUCCUUGUUCAGGGUUUUACAUAGUCCCUGUUGUUUAGACCAGAAGUAGAGAGUAGGAAAGUCCAAGAAAGAGGCAGAUUGUAACGUCUAUUUCUGCUUUCUCCAACAUGAUGCUCACCAGAUGUUUGGGUCCAACACCUCUCAGCCUCGGCUCAUGCUCUCUGUGACAAAAUACAGACAAGAGGGGUGGUCCAAAACAUCUGAAGGCCUCUAGGAUUGGGGAGUAUUGCAGUUUCUACUAUAUGAGCCGCGGUGGCGCAGUGGUUAGAGUGCAGUACUGCAGGCUACUUCUGCCGGCUGCCUGCAAUUUGGCAGUUCAAACCCCACCAGGCUCAAGGUUGACUCAGCCUUCCAUCCUUCCGAGGUGGGUCAAUGAGGACCUGGAUUGUUGAGGGCGAUAGGCUGACUUUGUAAACCGCUUAUAGGGGGCUGUAAAGCGGUAUAUAUGUCUUAAGCGCUAUUGCUGUUGCUAUCUCUGGAUAGGGAGGUGUAGCACAGCUCUUCACAAAGGGAGCAGGGCCCCAAUCCUCUCCGGUAUAGGGCUCUCGUCCUGCCCUGCUUUUAUCUCUCUGUCCAGUUAUCCCAAAGCGAGACAAGUCGCCUGCUGGUUUGUUUUUGUGAAGAGUGUGUACAUUGAAACUUCUGGUGAGGGAGGGGACGUAUAAGAAGACAGUGCGUCUUUGGUAUCCGCUCUCCACGGUAGAUACCAACUCUGGUUUAUUCUUGAGUCUGAUCGAAAGCUUUUUUCAAGGAUCGUACUCUGUUACAGAGCCAUGCUAGUGCCUGCUGAUUUUUUUUCAGUAGUACAUAGCCGUCCCUUCCUCCUCCGGCCUACCCUACACCCCACCCACCCCCACCCCCUACCAUGAAGGGGGCGUUUCCUCCCUCUGCCCCUGUGCUGUGCCUUUUUAGCCAUACAGUGUCUGCCUGUGGAAAAUGGUGUUGUGCAAUUUUUGCCUGUUUGUCUGGCCACCAUCCGGGCCCCUCUGGGAGGGCUCCUGGCACUCCCGUGCACCCUUCCAUCCAAACAGCGAUGAGCUCCCGUCUCUCUCUCUCUCCCUCCCCGCCCAUCACCCUUUGGUGCAACUCACCCCUUCCUCUGGGCUGGAAGACCUUUGCACAGCACGGGUGGGGGCGGGCAAAAAGGGAGCUCAGCCAGCUUGCUUUUUCACAGUUCUGUAUUCUCAACUUAAGCUGGGCUUUGCCUCUUGUUCUCUGCUUCAGGCCAAGCGGGAACCAGUGGCCUUCAGUAGCCUCUAUGUGCUUUCAUGUACAAUACUGUCUCCGCUAGGAGCCGUUUAAAGCAAUGAAUCUAUUGUAUAAAAUAUUGUGUAAAGAGAGUCUUUUUACAUAAAUAUUCUAAUAAAUGAAUGUUUUAAUUUUUAA